GAGGUAGGAAGGGAGAUAUCGAUGGCUGCCGGCGAUUUAGCGAUUCUCCAGGCUCUCGACUCGGCUCGCACGCAAUGGUACCACCUCACUGCCAUCAUAAUCGCAGGUAUGGGCUUCUUCACCGACGCAUACGACCUGUUUUGCAUCUCCACGGUCUCAAAGCUCCUGGGCCGCCUUUAUUACUUCGAUCCUGCCUCAUCGACCCCGGGGAAACUCCCGGUUCAUGUCAACAACUGGGUCAUCGGUGUUGCCCUGGUCGGAACCCUGGCCGGUCAACUUUUCUUCGGUUUGCUCGGUGACAAGUUCGGUCGCAAACGGGUCUACGGGAUCACCCUCAUCCUCAUGGCCAUCUGCGCCAUUGGCUCCGGCCUUUCCUUCGGAUGCACGGCGAAAUCUGUCAUGAGCACGCUUUGCUUCUUCAGAUUCUGGCUUGGGUUCGGCAUCGGUGGCGAUUACCCUCUCUCGGCCACGAUCAUGUCCGAGUAUGCGAACAAGAAAACUAGGGGCGCUUUUAUAGCUGCAGUUUUCGCUAUGCAGGGCGUUGGGAUUAUCUUUGCGGGACUCGUUUCCACGAUCCUUUCCAGCAUUUUCCUCAGUGCCUAUCCCGCCGUCCCGUAUUCACUGGAUCGUGUGCUUUCUACACAACCAGAAGCGGAUUACUUGUGGCGAAUUGUCCUCAUGCUCGGAGCUUUGCCGGCCUUAUUGACUUGGUAUUGGCGAAUGAAAAUGCCCGAGACCGGUCGGUACACCGCGCUCAUCGAAGGGAAUGCCAAACAAGCCGCCGCAGACAUGGGCCGGGUCCUGAACAUCGAAAUUCAAACCGAUCAAGACAGGUUGGGCCAAUUCAAGGCGAGCAAUGACUACAAGCUGUUCUCGAUGGAGUUUUGGCAGAGACAUGGCAUGCAUCUCAUUGGCACAAUGAGCACAUGGUUCUUGCUGGACAUUGCCUUCUAUAGCCAAAACUUGGCACAGAAAGACAUAUUCCCGAACAUGGGCCUCACAGAUCCGGCAAAGUCUGUCAACGCUAUUAAGGAAAUGUUUCAGAUCUCUAAGGCCAUGCUUGUGGUUGCCUUGUUCGGGACGUUCCCCGGAUACUGGUUCACAGUCUUCUUCAUCGAGAAGAUCGGUCGCUUCUACAUCCAGCUCAUCGGCUUCUUCAUGAUGUCUGUAUUCAUGCUCGUCAUCGGAGUCAACUAUGCCGACCUCAGGGACACCAACAAACACAACACGGGUUUGUUCGCGCUCCUGUAUGGGUUGACCUUCUUCUUUGCGAACUUCGGCCCUAACAGCACCACCUUUGUUCUCCCGGCCGAGCUGUUCCCGACCCGCGUCAGGUCCACGUGCCACGCCAUGAGCGCAGCAGCGGGCAAGGCAGGGGCACUGAUCGCGGCCUUUGGGGUCCAGGGCUACACGCUUGACUCACACACACACAAAAUAAGACGCGCCAUGUUGAUUCUGGCGUUCACAAACAUGCUAGGGUUCUGCUGCACGUUCAUGGUGACCGAGACCAAAGGCAGGUCGUUGGAGGAGAUCUCGGGGGAGGAUGAGGGCGUGCAUCAGGGCGAGAUGGAGAUGUCGGAGGCACAGACGGAAGGUCGGUCGGUAGUCAUGUAGUGGGGGCGCAUGGCAAUCGGAGCUUGGUGGAGCAGCUUAAUUUUACUUCAAAUGAGUGGCGGCGCUGCAUAUCAAUAUACUUACACAAUAAACGUGAUUACGUAUGAAAUAAGAAGGGAUCAAGCUCGAUGAAACGAUGAGAAGAGGUCAUACGUUUUCUUAAUGAUCCUAU